AUGCUUCAAGACUCAUUUCAGGUUGUGGUUUUAGAAAGAGAAAAACAGCAUUCUGUUCAAAAUGCAGACAUAAAAGCACUUUAUGGUCGCACAUCAUUAGCAACACAAGGUGCUGUUGAACGAUCAACCAUAAUUGCUGCUAUAUCGAUUAUAUUUAUUAUUGGUAUAUCAGUUUCAUUAUUUGUCAUUUAUCGAACAUGUUAUGUUGAAUAUGUUCAACGAAUCUAUGGUACAGCAUCAUUUGCUGGUUUCGUUAAUAGUCCUGACUCGAUUUAUGGAGGAUUAAGAAGUACAUCACAAGUUUGUCGUUAUGAUAUGGGACGUCGAUCAGAACAACGUUUUGAUGAAAGUUGUUUUGUUAAUAAUGUUGAACCAUUAGGAGCUUAUCGAAGACAAUAUUAA